AUGCCGUGGGACAGCCGUAGUGCUCUAAAGCAGGGUCACAGUGGAGUAAACCAGCUGGGAGGUGUGUUUGUGAAUGGGAGACCUUUACCUGAUUCUACCAGGCAGAAGAUAGUGGAGCUGGCACACAGUGGAGCUCGACCCUGUGACAUAUCCAGAAUACUGCAGGUGUCUAACGGCUGUGUCAGUAAGAUCCUGGGCCGGUAUUACGAGACAGGUUCAAUCCGUCCUCGGGCCAUAGGAGGGAGUAAACCCAGGGUUGCCACUCCAGAGGUGGUGGGAAAGAUUGCUCAGUACAAGAGAGAGUGUCCGUCCAUUUUUGCCUGGGAGAUCAGAGACCGACUGCUGGCAGAAGGAGUCUGCACCAACGACAAUAUACCCAGUGUUUCAUCAAUAAAUCGAGUGCUGAGGAACCUGGCCAGUGACAAGCAGCAAAUGGGCACAGUGGGAGCUGAGGGGAUGUUUGACAAACUCAAGAUGCUCAAUGGACAGACCACCUGGGGAGGACGCUCAGGGUGGUACGCUGGGACUACACUCACUACCACAGAGUGUCCACAGGCAGAGGGAGGGGAGAGCACCAUAUCAGUUAGUUCUAAUGGUGAAGACUCGGAGGAGACUCAGAUGAGACUUCAGCUGAAGCGAAAACUGCAGAGAAACAGAACAUCUUUCACACAGGACCAGAUAGAAGCACUGGAGAAAGAAUUUGAAAGGACUCACUAUCCAGAUGUUUUUGCCCGAGAACGCCUAGCCAACAAAAUAGACCUUCCAGAAGCAAGAAUACAGGUUUGGUUUUCCAACCGACGAGCAAAGUGGAGAAGAGAGGAGAAGCUGCGAAACCAACGACGCCAGAUGUCCAACUCCUCCAACCAUAUCCCCAUCAGCAGCAGCUUCAACACCAGUGUUUAUCAGCCUCUACCACAACCCACUACACCAGUGUCCUUCUCAUCAGGAUCCAUGCUGGGAAGGCCAGAUCCAGUUUUGUCCAACAGCUACAGCAUACCAGCCAUGCCCAGCUUCAGUAUGGCUGCCAGCCUGCCGAUGCAAGCAUCCAGCCAGACCUCUUAUUCCUGCAUGCUGCCCACCAGCCCUACUGUAAAUGGAAGAAGUUAUGAAACAUAUACUCCUCCACACAUGCAGCCACACAUCAACAGCCAGUCAAUGACGUCUUCUGCAACGUCGUCAACAGGACUGAUUUCCCCUGGUGUCUCAGUUCCAGUCCAAGUUCCAGGAAGUGAAGCAGAGAUGUCACAGUACUGGCCACGCCUGCAGUGAUGUCAUUUCAGACAGCAGUCAUCCUUGCCUGCAGUGGCCAUCAGCAGUGGCUGCAGCAACAGGACUGUAUGGGACAUCAGAGCAUGUUCCCUCCCUACUUUGCAGCUUGAAUGUCAAAAAGGACCUGAAACAAGAAAUUACUCUCAUUAAUGCUUGCAGGAAAACAUUAAAACCAAAUUCUGGAGACAAGCAGGACAAAAGGAGUUUGAGUACUCUUCCAGUUGAAGGAUUUUGAUAUGACUGUAAACUUUUACAGGUUCAGCUACAACUGGAUCAAAGGUCUUGGGGAGUCCACUCUCCACAUCAUCUCCAUCUGCUGCCAUUCCAAGUCUGGUUGGUGAAGACAGAAUGAACAGCUCUAUCCUGAGCUGCACUCAGGAAGGUGGACUGUCUUUUAGUAAGAAUAAACUCCAGACAGGAAUAAACUGCUCUGUGUCCAUUUGGACAUCCUGUAGGAAGGCAUAUUACCUCUACUUUCAGUUCCUAAUUUAAUAUCAUGUUGGUGUAUUUGUAGCAAAAAACAAAGAUGUUGAUGGAAAUGCAAAGGGAAGAAUUUAAUGAAACUUGAAAUUAAUUGCCUGCUGUGAAUCAGUUUCAUCAGCAGAUUCCAAAAGAUCUGGCCUGCAAUGUGUAUAGAAUUUCAGAAUGUGGAAUCUGGUGAUAUGUGUUUGGUAUUGUAAAAAAAAAAAAAAGAAAGAAAGAAAAAAAAAAACCUGACCUGGAUGUGAUCUGCUGGCAUAGACUCUGACUUUGUCUGUUGG